UGGCUGAUUCCUUAACUUUAAAUAGACAGGAUAUGAAAGAUCCUUCCACUGCUCAUCUUCGCAUCUACGUUGGCGGUCUCAUUGACAAACCUAGUCUAGACGAGCUGUACAAUCAUUUCUCGCCUUAUGGGAAGAUCAACGGCAUCAUUGUGAACAGGAACUUUGGAUUCGUGCAGUUUGACACUGAAUCGCAGGCUCACGAAGCUAUUGCAAAAUGUGAUGGCAGUGUUUUCAAAGGGAAAACUCUUAGUGUUAGGACUGCUCAGACUCAAAAAUAUCAAGAUGAUUAUAUGGGUAAACUUACACACAUGCGCUCCGAUUCAGAAAUGGGCACAGUGCACCCAGAAGUAGCCCCUGCAGUGGCCCACAAUGAUAAUCUCGGGGCUACUGAAGAGACAGAAGACAUGUAUGACAGCUACGGCAAUUACAUUGGGGAUCAGAGUUUCAGAAAUGAUGAUUACGAAGAAAGGGGAGAAGGAACUCAUGAAGGCCGCGGCGGAAUUCGUGGUCGCGGGAGGGGGGCUCCUCGUGGUGGCCCACGGGGUCGGGGAAUCAGAGGCCGAGGUGCACCUGUAGGCGGACCUGCCGGCUAUCGAGAACGAUCACCGGUAGGAGGAAGAGGCGAAUGGGCAGACAGAGUCGGCUACGAUCGUUAUUCGCAACAACUGCCAGAUUAUCCCAGAAGCUUGCCCGUCACUGAGAGAAACGAUUGCGAGAUCAUUGUUGUUUCUAAAGCACUUACAGAAUAUGCAGAGUACAUAGAAGGUCGUUUAAAACGCCUGGGCAUCGUCGUAGAUCUGUUAUUCCCCAUGGAAGAUGUGCCUAUUGGGAAAGUCUUGGGGAACAUAGCGUCUCGCGGCUGUCUAUACGCUAUUCUAGUCAUGCCUCAGAAUCAAGAACAUAGAUCUUUGACACUGACUAUUUUACAUGGACUGCCACAAGAGCACCGAAACAUGCCUCUAGAAGACGCCUUGCAGCUGCUUUCUCGUAACUUUCAAGAGGUACAACGCGGCGGACCUUCCGGACGGGAAGCUGUUUAUGCGUUACUGGGUCAGCUGGCAGAUGGCCGCACACUGACAGUACUCCAGUAUGAUAAAGUCAUUGAAUACCUACAGGAACGUCGAGAGCAGCAAGUAAAAAUAGAACUAGGCGAGCCUCUAACAACCGCGCCAACUAAAAAGACAGAAGUAGACCUUCAACAGAGGAUUCUCAGCAUAUUAAACGAUAAGAAAGUGAUCACUCCGGUUGCGGAACCUUCCCCGCCGCCACCUGCCCCAGCACCUGUACCUGCUCCAGCCCAAAAUAAACUCCUCAAUGACCCUACAGUACGAAGAGCUUUAGACUCCAUACUACAAAAACUAACAUAAAAUUUACAUUUUGGGAGUGUACUUGUACAUAGGUAUAGCAAUUUUUUCUUUUAUCUGAAAUGAUAGUGUACUUGAGUGACGGAGAUUUAUUUGCAUUUCUCAAAGAUUAUGCUAGAUUGUGAAGUUGAAGGUACUAUAUUAAUAAAUUUGAUGAACAGAUGUGUUAAAUGUUGUAUAAGAAUACAUUGAUUACGAAUAUUUCGUGCUUAGUAAAAGUGACUA